AUGCGAAAUUUGGUUAUUCUGGGGGCUCUGGCAGUGGCCACACAGGCACAGGAAGUAUACCUGACCACAACCGGUGACUCCGCUCGACCACAAUGUACACAAUCACAUUUGAUUCCGGACUACCACUUCCAGCCCUUCAAAUAUACACUGAAUGAGACAGUUCGACACGCAACCUCGGUUCCUUCUCCAACAACGACGAGGAAAUAUGCCCCAGUCUAUACAGACGUGGUGAAGCAUCUGACCACCAGCUGGUCAACCUCAACAUGGGGUAGUUGGGUUCCAGAACAGACUGUCAUCAGUGCCACUGACACAGACGAUCCAUAUGGACAAGCUGCCUGGUCUUCGAUGUGGCUACAAGCAGAUCUUCACAACUAUACCACUACUGGGCAGUUCUCAACAACCGUCAGUCCGACACCCGUACCUAGCAGUGAGCUGGUCUUGCCACCGCCUGAUUAUUUUGGCCCAACAGAUUGCUACAAGUUCCCCAAAGACUUUAUAUUUGGGGUUGCGGGAAGUGCAGCCCAAAUUGAAGGCGCAAUCGGGCUAGAUGGUCGAGCACCUUCAUUGAUGGAAAAAUUCGUAUCAGACAGCGAGCCGAAGGACUAUGUCACCAACGAGAAUUACUUCUUGUAUAAACAAGAUAUCCAACGAUUGGCCGCAAUGGGCGUGGAGUAUUACAGCUUUACAAUUCCCUGGACUCGGAUCUUGCCUUUCGUUCUGCCAGACACGCCUGUCAACCAACAAGCCAUUGAGCAUUAUGAUGACUUGAUUGACACGGUCCUCGAUGCAGGCAUGACGCCAAUAGUGACGAUGCUUCAUUUCGACAGUCCAUUGAUGUUUGUGGCCAGCGACGACAUCAAGAAGCGCCCUGAUAUUGGCUCAAACAAUGCAGGCUAUCAAAAUGAGACUUUCGUCAACGCAUUCGUCAAUUAUGGAAAGAUUCUGCUUUCUCAUUAUGCCGACCGAGUCCCCAUAUGGGUAACCUUCAACGAGCCCCUACUCUACGCAUUCAACUUCAAGGGUGUUGACCAUGUUGUCAAAGCACAUGCGGAGGUAUAUCAUUUUUAUCACGACAAGUUGAAGGCCACGGGGAAAGUAGGUAUCAAGUUUAGCGACAACUUUGGAGUGCCGAAAGAUCCGAAAAAUUCCAGCCACGUUCUAGCAGCUAAUCGUUUCCAAGAGAUGCAAUUGGGAAUCUUCGCAAAUCCAAUCUUUUUGGGCAAGCAGUACCCGGAGUCCGUGUUAAAAACACUGCCCGGAGCUAAGCCGUUGAGCAAAUCCGAAUUAAAACACAUCACCAACACAUCAGACUUCUUUGGUAUCGACCCUUAUACCGCCACGGUAGUAUCACCACCUAAGGAAGGCAUCAAGGCGUGCGCUGCCAACCCUUCGAGCUCGAACCACCUGUUCCCCUUUUGUGUUGAGCAAGAAACAAAAAACGUACAUGGGUGGAAUAUUGGGUAUCGUUCCGAAUCCUACGUUUAUAUCACACCAACUCAUUUCCGAGAAUAUCUCUCUUAUUUAUGGAAUACUUUCCGACACCCAGUUCUAGUCUCGGAAUUUGGGUUCCCGGUAUACGCGGAGGCAGAAAGAGAUCAGCUCUCUGAUCAACUCUUUGACUCCCCACGCAGCACCUAUUAUCUUUCUUUCAUGUCUGAGAUUUUGAAAUCGAUAUAUGAAGACGGUGUGCAUGUUAUGGGAGCACUUGCUUGGAGCUUUGUUGACAAUUGGGAGUUUGGAGACUACGGGCAACAAUUUGGCCUUCAGACAGUCAAUCGCACCACACAGCAGCGACACUAUAAGAAGAGCUUCUUUGAUUUGGUGGAUUUCGUGAAAUCUCGACAGUCGAAUAAGGACUGA